AUGCUCGAUCAAAUGCUGCCUUUGCAGCUACAUGGCACUGGUACGUCUUAUCCGACACUCACGAGCGACGCACUGGGAAGAACAGCAGCACAUGACGUUGUUCAAGCACGUCUUAUUUUGCCGUCCGGAUUCGACGCGGGGCCACAUUUGUUUCUCGUCCAAUUGCGGUUGUUGGACGAUCACGCGGUGCUCCCUGGGAUCAUCGUUGGGGACAUUGGUAUGCAUUGUGAGGUCGACAACGGUUAUGCGCGGUUCGACCAUGUCAGGAUUCCCCGCAAGCAGAUGCUCUCUGCGUUCGCGUCUGUGACGCCCGACGGCAAAUACGUCACGCCUCCACAUGCGAAGCUCAGCUACGGUGGAAUGCUUUACAUUCGCUCCGGGAUGGUCGCGUCAACAGGCUGGACAAUCGCGAAGGGUAUCACAAUCGCGCUGCGAUACGCAACCGUACGACGACAGGGAGCCGAUGGGUUGGAACGGCAAGUCAUCACCUACCCGUCCGUCUACAUUCGCCUCGGAAAGAGCCUCGCGAACGCAUUCACGCAACUGCUCGCCCAACUUUCAUUAGGAAACACGUCGUUGCUGGCGGAGAUGCACGCGACGCUGAGUAGUCUCAAGGUGCUUGUGUCCACAACAGCGGUUCAAUGCCUGGAGACGGCACGGCCGUCGAUGGGCGGACAUGGCUUCAGUGACUUCGUUGGAGUGGGUCGUUUGUAUACGGACUACGUUCCCGCUGCCACGCACGAAGGCGCUUCCGACGCUGUGGUCGUCAACAAGGCUGUCUCCUCGACUUCUCUCUCUCUCAUCCCAACGACGGCGUAUCUCCUGGUUCAAGAACGAGCAGCAUGGGCCGCCGGUCCCGAUGCAAGCAUGGACGCUCCUGUGGCACGCGCCGUCUCCGACCCGUUCGUCGCUGCGCGCGUCAACGAGCUCAGUCAGGCUCUGGAUGGACCGAACACGGGUGUGCUACGCAAGCUCUUCCAGCCGCACCUGCUCACGACGGUGGAAGCGGGUUUGGUGGACAUGCUGUCGUUUGGCGUAUUCUGGGCAGGGAAGCCCGGGGCGGACGUGACGCGCGGGUUGCGCGUCGGGAUCAAGAGGACGUGCGAGGAGCUGCUUCCGGGGACGAUCGGACUGUCGGAUGGAUUUGGAUUUGCGGACUGGGAACUGGAUAGCGCGCUCGGUGCCUUUGAUGGAAACGUCUACGAGAACUUGUGGGAGAGAGCGCAGGCGGAACAGCUGAACCGUGGUGAUGCCGCUGACGCUUACGAUUUGACGCAGAACUUGAAGAAGCACAUUACUCCAGCGAGGCCAGCGUCUGUCUGGGUACCGUUCGAAGCUAUAAUCAUCAUCCGUACAUUCAUACCUGAACAUACCUUCCUGCAACAACUCGCCACGAUCGUCCCUGCGUGGCCGGCCCACCACACCCUGCGCCUCGAGUUCGGCAAGCCUUUUCCCUCAGGCGUAGUCACGGGUGUUCCCUGGGCUGUCUCUGUCUGA